CUUGUUUGCAUAUUUAAAUGCUACACAUAAAGCCUUCAAAAAUAUAUUUCAUAAGGAGUUUUUAAAAUAUAUAUAUAUAAAUUUCAGCUGAGACGCGUCACGUGGUUCUACGUUGUUAAAAAAAGAAAGGAAAAAAGGAGACGGGAGAGGAGAGAGGCUGUUUCCUGUGCGUGUGAAGAAAGUGUAGGAAUUAUGUUUGGUUUUUGUGGAAUUGUCUUAUUUGAAAACCAUUCGGCUUCAUCGCGCAAAAAUACACAAUCUUAGAAAAUACUUUUGUUUUUAUCUCUAGAUCUCUGGAUUCGUUCCCCGGCCUUCUUGUGUGUUGUGCAGGCAACGACACGCUCCGACCGGAAAGGAAAUACCAACACUGGUUGAUGUGUAGACCAGGAACUGCAGAAUAGUUUAUAAACAGAAGCGUGCAAAGAUGGGCUUAUUGCAGUCCAAAGACCUUCUGCAUGGAACUUCCCUUUACUGCCCCUAGCUACUCAUGAAACCCAAAAGCGACAAGAUGAAGCUGAACGAGCGCAGCGUGGUGCACUACGCCACCUGCGACUCCCCGGCAGACAAGACGGGGCACCUGUACAAGAAGGGGGAGCGCAACACGGCCUACCACCGCCGCUGGUUCGUGCUGAAGGGCAACAUGCUGUUCUACUUCGAGGACAAGGAGAGCAAGGAGCCCAUCGGGGUGAUCGUCCUGGAGGGCUGCACGGUGGAGCUGUGCGAGUCCAUGGAGGAGUACGCCUUCGCCGUCAAGUUCAGCUGCGCCAAGUCACGUACGUACAAGAUGGCGGCCGAGAGCCAGGCGGGCAUGGAGUCCUGGGUGAAGGCCCUGUCUCGGGCCAGCUUUGACUACAUGCGGCUGGUGGUCCGCGAGCUUGAGAAACAGCUGGAAGAAAUGCAGACCCUGCACGGCCUCCCGGGCACCACGCGCUCCCACAGGAAGUCAUCAGGGCGCGCCAAGUCCAAAUCAAUCUCGGCUGCUGCUCCCACUGUGGCGGCUCUCGCCAAAGGACCACAGGCAACAUACAACCGCUCGCGGGAGGAGACGGUCCAUUUCGCACCUGCUGCGAAGGAAAACGGCGUGGCCUGGAACAAGCCAAACGUUGUGCUCAAUGGAUUGUGUCCAACUUACCAAGGGUCUAAAACCCUACCAGGGGAGAGUAGCAAUGAUGGGACUAAACCCCCUCCUGUACCCCCCCGAAGGAAAACUGCCACUGGCGGGGUGACCUCCACCUUGGAAAGCCCUGUUUCACCUGGGACGGUCUGCUUUUCAAAGCUGCACGAUUGGUACGGUAAAGAAAUCACUGCCCUGAGGACACAGUGGCAGCAAGACCAAUAGAAACAGGCUUCCUUAAGAAGUGACCAAGAAUCACAUGUGUGGAUGCUGGAUCAUGGAAACUCUUCAUUAGACCUAAAAUGUAUUUUUGCUUUUGGAAAGCUAACGUCAGGGGGUUGGGAGAGGGUGAGCAAAUUUUUUUUUUUGUUCCUUUCACACGCUGGAGGCUUAUUUUGGGGGGGGGGGGGG